AAGUCUGGCAGCGCAGAAAGAGCCGCCUCGUUCGUAUUUUUUUGAAAUCCGCAGAGGAGAAAGUUCCUCGAACAAGGCAAGAAAUUGCAGGGUACAGCUGCAUUCGGAGUUUUUGACCCCUCGGGACACACGCUAGUCGCGGAGCAGAUUAGCAGUAGAGAGGUGCUGAACUUACUUCCUGGGCUAGCUCGUCUUGGAGUGCUGCUAUUGCGAUUCGAAACGAACUGCGGUAAACUAGCGACAACCUUCGCAGCAACCUGGAAUUAGGCUGCUUGCAAAGCAUUCUAGACGACAAACUGACAAUUGCCUUGGCUGGUCUACAUCACAUCGCCAAUUCUGAUUUCUGACUGUGAAGUGUGCCAGGAUCAGGCCCAGCAUAGGCGUGCACCGACCAGUGCCGUCCGUCUGCUUAUGCAACAAUGGCUGGGACCAGCCGGCAUAAGAGGUCAACACUGGGUGUCCAAACAAGUCAGCGCUUGCUGUUAUUACAGGCAACGGUGGCAUGUCUGUCCUUUCUAGCGCCAUGCCUGGCGCAAGAAGGCAUCACUCCACAGGUCUUCUUCAACCCUACCACCUACAGUGUGUUAGAGGUCAACUCAUUGUCUGCUGCCAGUGUUACGCUGGAACGUACCCUGGAAAUACUGCCUUGCACGGUCUUUCUUACAGUUGUGAACAACACUCAGAGCGGCUUUCACACAACAUCAUUCGUCGACAACUUUGCAUUUGGUUCAUCGACACUCACGAUGAGCCUGGGCCUCAUGGACGAUGCUAUUCCUGAACCCGACCAAACGAUAGCUGUCUCUAUCACAAGUGUGUCGAGUGGCUUUAUGAUUGGAUCACCAGCUACGGCCUACGUCACAAUUCUUGCAAAUGACGAUCCUUAUGGAGUGCUGGAUUUUGUCAGUCCAACUACGGCAAUUGUUCCUGAGCCAGCAUCAGGAGGCACGCCAGUUACAUUCAACGUGGUACGCACAAAAGGACUAUUCAACACUGUAGGAGCUACGUGGACGGUGACUUCAACAAGCCCACUGACCAGUAUAUCACCCACUUCAGACACACUGUCGUUUGCUCCCAACGCAACAAUGGACAGCGUGACAAUCAACGUUCUCGCGGAUAAUAUACCAGAGCAGGAUCAAACGUUCACAAUAACCCUCACGUCCCCGACUGGAGGUGCAAUUCUUGGCACAGUAGUGUCUGUCACUGUGACCGUACCCCGGAAUGAUGCUCCCAUUUACUUUUCAACAACUUCCGUAACUGCUGACGAAGGAACGAGUGCAAGUCUGAGCCUAGUGAGAGGGAAAGAUCCAUCAGGCGUCAGUUUUGGAGACAUAUCUGCAGCUGCAACUGUCAAAUACAGGACAAUUUCAGGAACUGCUGUAGGCGGUCAAGACUAUCCUGUGGUCACUAGUGGAACAGCUACAUUUGCUCCCAACACCGGAACAACUAGCAUCUCAAUUCCCAUAACAGACGACAGUGAUCCGGAGGUGUCCGAGUCGUUCCAAAUAGAGAUAUUCAACUCUAGCCUGAACUGCGUCGUCGAAGACCCCAGCAUGGCCACUGUUACAAUAACAGCUAAUGACGAUCCGAAUGGAGUAGUCGGUUUCCAAUUCGUUGGUCUUAGCACAGUGCUGAGUGAAGAUGCAAUCUCUCGCACGGCCUCUUUCCCAAUUACGCGAUCACGCGGAGCGUUUGGCGCCAUCGUCGUCUCCUGGAUACUUGAGAACUCAGAUGGGUCACCGCUCACGUCUCAGUUUGUGGCCACAGCAGGCGCAGUCACACUGGGACCUAGUGUGACAAGUGGCAGCAUAGACGUGACACUGCUUGCUGACGCAGUUCCUGAAGAGGCCAUGCGCUACACCCUGCGAUUGGUGAAUGUGACCGGUGGAGGACGACUGGCCAGUAGCUCGGAGACAGCCCUUAUCACUGUCAGUGAUAGUGACGAUGCGUAUGGAGUUGUCAGCUUUGCGCCUGAUAGUUCUCAGUCCAUUUCAUCGGUACCGCGACAAGUGAACUUACAGCUUACCAGAAGUGGAGGCUUGAUUGGCUCACUGUCUGUGACCUACAGUGUAGUGUAUGUGCCACCUGGACGGCCAGUCACUGAUGGAACAUCAAUCUUCAAUCCCAGUCAACCUGCAGCUGCAACAUUUUCUCCCGGCGCAAUGUCAUUCUCAGCUUCACUAGGCAUUGCUUCAGGCUCAGUCCUGGAAGUGGGCGGCCAAGUAGUAGCCACUCUUAGUGCAGUGCAGCUCACAUCAACCACACCGACAAGCUCUCUGGCUCUAUAUUCACCCACCAUUGGAUCUCGUAGCAGAGUCUUCCUGACGAUCAAUUCAUCAUUGGCCAAUGGUCCGAUUGGCUUUGCGUCCUCUUCUCAGAAUGUUCGCGUGAAUGAAUCAUCAAGUGCUCAGGAUGUCAAUUUACAGCUAACUCGUCAAGGGUCGUCUGGUCAGGCAAUCAUUAGCUGGUCCAUAAUUGGGGUGAGCUCAUCUUUCACGGCUGGAGACGUUGCCGCCACUUCCGGAACGGUCCAGAUGGAUGAUGGCAAGGACACUGCCACUCUGAGGAUCACCAUCACUUCAGAUGCCAUGCCUGAGCUGGACGAACAGUUUCUCGUGAACCUGACCACCAUCCAGCCAUCUAGCCAACGCAUAAAUCCACUUGCGAGUAGUGCCACGGUCAUCAUCCUAAACAAUGACAACCCUGGAGGAUUUGUGUCAUUCGAUCCAACUGGACCAGUUUCUGUUACUGCUACGGAGGGCUCAUCAACGAACAUUAUUCUGAAGCGAACUGGCGGAACUCUGGAUGCCAGGAUUGUGGACGUCAUUGUCUCGAAUUUGCAAGCUACUGGCACCGGUGAUGUGGUCCCAACACUCAAGAGAGUCAUUUUCGCCGCUGGCACAGACACGAAGGUCGUUUCGCUGCUCGUUUCAGAUGAUGCCACUCCCGAGUUGGAGGAGACGUUCAAUGUGCAGCUGUCAACAGCUGGCCUUCCUUCGGGGUUUGCAGCAACUCUCAUCUCACCCUCGGCAGUCACGCUUGUUGUUCCGAAGAACGAUGAUGCCAAUGGCGUGCUUGCGCUCUCGCCUAAAACUCAGAUUGUUUCGGAGUCAACGGCAACGACGACCUACUCGCGCAACUUUACCGUUACGCGUACGGGCGGUCUCUUUGGAGUGGUGUCAGCAGUUUGGAAUGUAACGGAUGGAUUGCAAUUCGGUGAUGACCUGGAGCCCUCCUCCGGUACUGUCACCUUCGCUGACCAGCAGGCAACGGCAUCUUUUACCAUCUCUUCUAAGCAGGACGAGUUGACAGAGAUCUCGGAGACGUUCACCAUAUCACUGACUUCAACUUCAGGUGGCGCUCGCCUGAGCAGUGAUCCUGCAGACCUAAGCGCAAGCCUCCUUGUUCGAGCCAACGAUGACGAUGUUUUCUUCCUGCCUCCAGAUAUUGUUUCUGUCAAUGAGGAUGCAUCCAAUGUAACGCUCUUCGUUCGCCGUGGAAAUCAAGCUAAUGGCAUCGCAGUUGUGAGGUACGCCACUAUCAACGGUACUGCAUUUGCAGGUCAGGACUUCCCAGGCGUGUCCGACGGGCAGGUGACAUUUGCUGACGGUGUUCAGACGAUACCUAUUGUUGUUCAGAUCACCAAUGAUCCAAUCCCAGAGAGAGAGGAAAUGUUUACUGUCAUUUUACUCUCCGUGUCCGGAGACGCGGUUCUUAGUGGCCAAACAGUAAUCACUGUGAUAAUCCCUGCCAAUGAUGACACUAACGGAGUAAUCCAAUUUGCACCCACAUCACGCAGCAAGGUUGUGCCUGAGGGCGACGUUGCUUCAUUCAUGCUGGAGAGGCUGGGUGGAACGUUCAAUGCGGUUGUGGUAAGCUGGGUUGUCAACCCACCGACUGGAGAUGUCCUGGGACCGGCCACCUCUGGCACGGUCCAGUUUCUGCAAGGCAGCGACACGGCUCGCCUCAACCUGACUGUGGUGGCUGACAACGUCCCUGAGCUUCAGGAGGCUUUCACUGUCAGCCUCGUUGCGGUGUUGAGUGGUGGUGCAAGGCUGGCAUCAACUGGACUUAUGGCUAAUCUAACUGUCCCUGAAAAUGAUGACACAAACGGUGUUAUCAGCAUCCCAUCUUCUUCAGCGGCGUUGUUUGUGGAUGAAGACCGACCAAACAACUUGUCGUCAACUGGGUCAGUGACCAUUUCUGUACAGCGCCAGCGAGGAUUGUUUGGCACAGUUCGAGUGGCAUGGGAGCUUGUACCCUCUGGGACACCAACAGUGCAGUCGUUUGUAGGCCUUUUGCUAGCUGGCACCGCUCGAAGUGCCGUGACUACAGCUGCAUCCAGGCCCGGUACCAGUGGCCUGGCACUGGAUUUUCCUGGCAGCGGAGCAGAUUCACUCCUUGAAGUAGCACAAGCACUUCAGCUCUCCUCUGAUACUAUCAACACUGGCUUCAGCAUUGUGUGUUGGUUGAAGCUGCGCACACCCGGCUACGUCUUUGCAAAGUUGAAUAACGCCGGUCAAGUUGUGUAUGGCCUGAGCGUUACUGCGCAGGAUCUGACAUUUGUCUAUUUGCCUAGCAGUGCGUCGACGUCACAAUCUGUCACAUCACCAACGUCCAGCACCCUGCUCAACAACGGUGCCUGGCAUCAGAUUGCCAUCUCGGUCGGUGGUGGUGGCGUUUCCUUCUUUGUCAAUGCUGCCAGGGUUGGCCAAAGCCCGAGUCCGCUCUCUGCCAGUGUUGCUGAUGUUGCUGGUGUGUUGUACGUGGGAGCUCAAAACGGCCUCGGAGGGAAUGCCAUUGAUGGCGUCCUCCAGGAUUUGCGUGUCUACCAGGGCAUUCUAGAUGUGGGUGCCCUCCAAUCAUUGGCCAUGAAUGCUGCAAGUUCAGACUUCCAGCCAACUUCCGGCUACGUGCAAUUCAACAAUGCAACCGACUUAGCGUCUUUCUCUGUUUCAACUGUUGAUGAUACCAUCUCGGAGCCAGAAGAAACUUUCACAGCCAGACUGCUGUAUGUCAGUGGAGGAGCAACAUUUGACGUUGAUGCAACUAAAACAAUGGCCACCGUCACAGUCUACAAGAGCGACAAUGCCAAUGGGUUGUUCGCACUUUCGUCGUCGUCCAAGACACGCACCCUGAGCGAAGGCAGCAGCACGUCAGUGGUGGUUGUGCGCACGCUGGGUUUGACCGGUUCAGUGCGCGUGUCCUGGAGAGUCUCUCUACCCGGUUCCAGUGCACCAGCGGCCGCAGACUUCCAGCCGGCCAGUGGCUCUGUUACAUUCUCCCCAGGAGACACGAACAUGACCGUAUUGAUCAAUGCUGUCAACGAUAUCAUUCCUGAGUUGGACGAACAGUUUGAUUUCUUCCUGACCAACACUGAAGUCCUGAAUGAACCAGCAAGCCGAACUAGCACAAGCGGGGCUAGCCUGGACAGUGCCAACAUUGACGCCUCAGUCACCAUCUCAGCCAACGAUGAUCCGUACGGUAUAUUUGAAUUCUCAGCAGGGAUCCCAUCCACUUCUGGUACUUUCAUUCCAGCGUCGUCGGCUGCACCCAGCCUUGAGCUGCGCGAGAGUGCAGGUCUGGUGGACAUCUAUGUCGUACGUGCCCAGGGAACGGUUGGCAAUGCUUCAGUGGAAUACUCAACGAGUCCGGGAACAGCUGUUGGUGACGGAGCUUCCCCAGACUACACGCCGACUGCAUCACGGCUGGAGUUUGCUGGUGGUCAGCUGUUCAGCAAAUUCCAGUUACGUAUCAAUGAUGAUGCCAUACCUGAGCUUGCCAAGAAUUUUACAUUGGAACUGACUAAUCCUCAAGGUGUUCCACAAGCACCUUUGCUUGGAGUUGGACGUGUCAUGGCGAUCAAUUUACUCCCGAGUGAUGAUGCAUUUGGUGUUGUGCGCUUUCACUCGCAGUCUUUAUCCAUUAUCACUGAUGAAACUGCUGCUACAGCUUCGUUGACGGUGAUGCGUGACGGUGGCUUGCUUGGUCCCAUCACGGUUUCAUGGAUGGCCAAUGUCUCUGCCGGUGGGGAUCUCUCGCCAUUAUCUGGAAAUGUGACACUUGCGGCCAAUGUAGCCACUGCCACGUUCAGUGUUAACAUCAUCGAUGAUCCGACACCAGAAGCUGCUGAACUUUUCUACAUUCGCCUUGUUGCCGUGUAUGGCGGAGGCCGUCUCAGUAGCACCGGUGGAACAGUGGCCACGCUCACAGUGGAAUCUAGUGACGACCCGCACGGUGCAUUCCAGUUCACACCUACGUCCCAGAUGUACGCCAUCCCGGAGACUACUGGAGCCGUUGCAACGCUGACUGUCGAACGAUUGUUUGGCCGCAUGGGCGAAGUAGAGCUAAAUUAUACUACUGGCCUGGACACUUCUGCUGUGGCCAAUCUACGUGCCUUGCCUGGAGUGGACUAUCUACAUACAUCUGGCACCCUGGUGUUCGCUGACAAUGAGACCGUCAGAACUUUGAACGUCACUAUUCUGGUAGAUACCACUCCUGAAGUUGAUGAAACUUUCCGAGUAGCCCUUGGUGGUGUUCGACUGCUGUCAACACCUGGCACGCCGCCAGCGCAAAAUUCUCCCCGCCUUGCAUCGCCUGGCGCCACGGCUGUGGUCAACAUCAACAGCAAUGAUGAUGCGUUUGGUGUGGUGGAGUUUUCAGCUGCAGCCCUCACGAUCACCGAGCCUGCCACUCCACCAGUUAUCACUGUCUACAGGCGGGCAGGGUCGUUUGGUGAUAUUGUGGUGACAUGGAGAGCCACUGGAGGUACAGCGCUAGGAGAUAUCGACUUCUACCCACUGACCGGCACGCUGACUAUGUUGGAGAAUGCUACUUCUGCCAGCAUUCCCCUGAUUAUCGAAAACGACAGUAUUCCGGAAUUUGAUGAGACCUUCACAAUCGCGAUUGAGAACGUGGCUGGCGGCGCUCGCAUUGGGCCUGUAUCUUCUGCCUUGGUGACCAUUGCCGCUAACGAUGACCCGAAUGGCGCAUUUGGCUUUGGUACAUCUUCGCUGACUCAGUCCUUCUCUGAGCCCACUGGAACGGGCACCACGGCAGUCACACUUACCGUUGAGCGUUCCGGUGGCAGUGUUGGUGUUGUGUCUGUCAGCUAUGCAGUCACCAUGGCAGAUGGCAGUCCUGCGUCAGCUGACAUUGCGCCUGUGUCUGGUACCUUGCACUUCACCACGGCGGAGAGAUCUCAGCCACUGGUGCUCACCAUCCAGCCAGACAUUAUACCGGAGAUUGAUGAGGUCAUUCAAGUUCGCCUAGUCUCAGCAAUGCUAAGCACCGGUGCAUCGGUCCGCGUUGAUAGCAUGUUAGACGUUGCCAACAUAACCAUCUUUGCGAAUGAUCGCCCGUACGGUAUCGUCGAGUUUUCACCGACAACAGUCUACAGCAUCGCCGAAGGAUCAUCCGAUCGCAGCCUCGAUCUAUCCAUCUUCCGCAGUGAGGGAACAUUUGGUGAUCUGAUGGUGACGUAUAGCACUCGCGCGCUGGACUUGGCCGGUGUGGUGGCAGCGCUAGGCAGCACCAGCCUGGACUACUUCACCAGAACGAGCGGCCAGUGUGUCAACGGCGUGUCCACGCUGAUACGCUCGGCGAAUGUGUCGCACUGCGCGAAUCAGUGCUUGAGCAUGCCCAGCUGUCUUUCCUUCUGCUACUUCACCGACACCAACUGCCGACUGUUCACCGUUGUCAGUGGCGCAUCGCCCUUGGUUAGUUCUACGCUCUACAACUCUUCUAGUCGAACGGCACUACUGCGUGCCCAAGCCCAGGCCAAUCUGGACUUCACGCUGGUGACCGGAAGCAGCGUUGUGAUACCAGCCGGCCAGCGCCAGGCCAAUGUCAUGGCCACCAUUCUUGCUGACAGCACCCCAGAGCUCACUGAAUACUUUGCCGUCGACCUGCAGAGCGUGUCAUUGGUCAGCGGUCCGGCCGCCAUAGCUGCCAAUGAGCCCAUUCUCGGUACUAGCCAGUCAGCUUCGGUUGGCAUCACGGGCAAUGAUGCUGCCAAUGGCGUCUUUGUGAUCUACGCCACCAACGACAAUUCGCAGACUAUUCGCGUUGACGAGCAACCCAACUUUGCUCUGUCAAUGACUGUAGAGCGGUUGUUUGGUAGUAUUGGUGAUGUGACCAUCCGCUACUCUGCAGUCAAUGGGACCGCUGGUUCUGGAUCUGAUUUCUCUGUGCCGACCACCGAUUUCUUCUUUGCUGAUGGUGUAACAAAGCGAUCCUUCUUCAUUCAACUCAAGGAGGAUCUAAUUCCAGAGCCGGAUGAGAGUUUCCAGGUGGUACUUUCAUCACCCACUGGCGGAGCAUCAGUGGCUGCAUCUCCGAAUAACUCCGUGACAGUUGUGAUUGCUGAUAACGAUCUGGCUGCUGGCCGUGUUGCGCUGGCAGCAAGUUCUCAGUCUGCUAUCGUCAGUGAAGGCGAGUCAUUCUCCCUGAGUGUGGAACGGAGCGUUGCAUCAUUUGGAACUGUCCGGGUGUUUUGGGAGCUGACAUCGAUGGAAUUAAACCCUGCUCAAGAGUUCAACAUGACCAGUGGCUAUGUGGUCUUUGCUCCGGGUCAACUAGUUGCAUCGAUUCCAAAUAGCGUGCGAGUUGAUACCACACCAGAAGUUGCCGCACCGGCAACUCUUACUCUGCGUAACAUCAGUACGUCUGGAGUAUCAUCCGUACCAGCUGUUGGUGGAGCAGCAGAGCUGGAUUCCACCAUGACCACUGCUGUCAUCACGCUACGUGCUAGCAACAUGCCUCAUGGCCAAGUGGCGUUUGCCGGUAGCUCUCUGAAGCGAACUGUGAACGAAGGCAGCGCGGAGAUCAAUGUGACCUUUACAAUUGUCCGGGAGUUCGGUUCCAUAGACGACAUCAUUGUGACCUACGAAGCAUUCAGCAUCAACGAGAGUCUUACCACAGUGUCACCUGGCCAGUCAGCAGCUGCCAUUCCUGGUGAUGAUUUUGAUCAGGGUAUCCAGUCGGUGGUUAUGGCUGAUGGAGUCACGUCCACUACCAUCCACGUAACGGUGUACAAUGAUGACGUUGCUGAGUUGAAAGAAGUGUUCUUGGUCAAUCUGACUGGAGCAAGCCUGGCCCCAUCUGAUUCCACUGCGGGACCACCUGCAGCCCUCGUGGUGCAGCCGACAAUUGCUGAGCCUAGUUCGGCCGAGGUCACUAUUCCGGCGAAUGAUGGAACCAAUGGCCAGCUGCACUUCGACGGGAAUUCCACCCUGGUUUCCGUGUCAGAGGACGUUGGAUUUGUCAACCUAACAGUAAGCCGUACACAGGGUCUGUUCGGCCAAGUCAGCGUCUUCUUCUUCGCGACGGCUGAGUCGGUCACUCCCGGCAGCAUCGACUUCACUCUUCCGACAAACAGGCUAUUGGUAUUCAAUGAUGGUGUCGACUCCCAAACUAUCAGCAUUGGUAUCACGGCCGAUCAAAUACCGGAGAUCAAUGAGAAGUUUAGUGUCACGCUUACGGGCGAGUCUGGUGGUGCUACCAUUGGGACCCCAAGUGUUGCCACUGUUACUAUCCUUGCAAAUGACAAUGCUAAUGGCAUCAUUGAUUUUGCCGUCACAUCACAAACAGCAACAUUGCGUGAGCCAGUCCCGGGCAACUCAUCUGGAAGUGCUGUUACUCUGACAGUGAUGCGCACAGCUGGUCUCUUUGGUGAAGUGCAAGUCCCAUUUUCAGUUGAGAGUGCUGGCAGGAGCGAUUUAUCGCCAACCACUGGGACAAUCGUCUUUCUCACGGACGAAGAUAUUAAGACAUUUACGAUUUCCGCUUCCAUGGACACAAUUCCGGAGCUGACCGAGACCUAUUCAGUAACCCUGAUGCCGCCCAGCGGUGGUUCUGUCUUGGGUCAGCGUACCACGGCAAACAUCACCAUCCUGGAGAACAGCGACCCGCACGGUGUUAUGCAGUUGUUCUUCUCCAGUGAUGCAAGUGCUACUUCUAUUGAUGUUGAGGAGAACGUUGGAGUGAUUCCUCUUGUCGUACGACGAAGCCAGGGAUCGUUCGGCGCUGUAUCUGUACAAUGGAGCGUGAACAGUGGGACGGCCACGUCUGCCGGUGGUAGCAUGCUGAACCUGGGCAGCAUCCAAACUAUCCAGACAUCCAAUAUCCGCAGCUGGUACUCGUACACCGCUGGCAACACCGUGUACAUGCUAGCCGCGAGCAGCAGUAUGUCCACUGGACCUAUACCCAUCCCAGGUGGAAGUCCUGUUGCUCUGCCGUCCACGAACAGUGCUGAAUCUGCGCUCUACUACUGGGAUGGACAGUGGCUCAAGCUACAGAGUAUUGCCGCCAACGGUGCCCGUGCAUGGAUUUCCUGGAUUGCUGACUCCGGGGACCGAUUCUUCGCAGUUGCUAACUUUGGCUCGCCGGGCCGCACCGAAGUGCAGUCUCAAGUAUUCCAAAUGACCAAUGGUUUCCUCCAGCAGCUGCAAGCUGUACCCACCAUCGGCGCGGUGGACGUCAAGUUCUUCAGUACCAGCACUGAAGAGUACCUGUUCUUUGUCAACAUGCAAGACAACUCCAAUAGUACCAAUGUAGAUUCUGCCCUGUACAGGCUGACUGACACUGGUCUUGCUCUUGCUCAGUCCAUCUCUACCUUUGGUGCUACAUCGUGUGAAAUCUUCACCACUUCCGACAGUGAAACUGUGCUCGUUGUCACCGGAGCCUAUGAUUCGAUCGGUCUCACAGCGGCGCGCUUGACUCGUGUAUACGUUUGGCGUGGAUCUAGAUUCCAGGCGGUGCAAUACCUUGCCACCAACAAUGCACAGAGUGUCAAAUACUUCUCUGCUGACAACAGUGACUACAUUCUUAUUGCAAACAGAGACUUAGCAGAUAUUACCAAGGCAUAUGCAGCCUCUCUGUUCAGGUGGAAUGCGGCCACAAAUGUGUUUGUCGCAGUAUCAUCCAACCUAAUGCUUCGUGAUGCCCGUCAGUUGAACACAUUCCGUCAGGGCGGUGGUCUGUUUGUGACUGUGGCCAGUCCAGUGACGGGUCUCACUGUUUACCAGUUUAACUCCACUACUGCUAGCUUUACCAUGGCACAGAGCUCAUCGCUAACGGGUGCAGUGAGUGUAGAGCCUGUUACAAUUGCCACAUCAUCGUUCAAUACUACAGUGCUGAUGGUUGCCAGGGAGACAGCUGGCCAGACGGAAGUGCUACAGUCAAGCCUCAUCAGCGACCAAACUGACUUUGUCGAUCGUGGCGGUGUGCUCACAUUCAAGGAGCAAGAAACGGAGCGCAGUGUCAGCGUGCGUGUCUUGAAUGAUGCCAUACCUGAGAUUGACGAGUCAUUCUCCAUUCAAAUCACGUCACCCACCGGUGGCUCUAUCCUGGGCACUCAGACUAGCCUGGCAUGUACUAUUCUUACCAACGACAAUGCUCAUGGUCUCCUUGGAUUUCAACAGUCCUCCCUCUCAACAGUUGUUAAUGAGACGAGUGCUAAUCAGUCCGUGGUGCUGACGGUGAAUCGUGAAGGCGGUCAGUUUGGCGAUAUUGACAUAGACUGGUCUGUCGCCGGAGCUCACAACACGGGCUCCAACAUUGACAUUCACCCAACCAGUGGUGUGGUCACGGUAAAAAGCGGCACGUCAUCAGCCACUAUUACUUUGACUGUGUACGCUGACAAUGUGGCCGAGCUGAAUGAAGUGUCAACCAUUACGCUGAACUCGAUAAUGGGCCGAGGUGGUGUAGCUGCCGGUGGUGAUCUCGGACGCCGUGCUACGUUGCAACUAGGCAGAGUAGUGUCCGUGUUGACCGUGCUGGCUAACGACGAGCCGCAUGGCGUUGUCCAAUGGGCACCUGGCUCGACCAGCGUGACACACAGUGAAGUGGACAACAUGAAUGUCACCUUCCAGCUGCAGAUUGUCAGAGAGUUUGGCCUGAUCGGUGAUAUCCUGGUCUACUACGAAACCGCCAAUGCCUCUAGUUAUCCCACUGAUCAGCAGGCAGUUGCAGAUGUAGAUUACGUCAGCAUCAGCAAUGGUGUUGUGGAGAUAGCUGAUGACGCUUCUACGGCUAUGGUUUCAGUCAGUCUGCUUCACGAAAAUAUCCCAGAGCUUGCUGAAACAUUCAUUGUCAACAUCACCGGUGUUCAGCUGAAGAGCGAAGCGUCUCGAAUGAAUUCCUCGACUGCUUCUCCCAGAGUGGCAUCGCCUGGCAAUGAAUUGGCUACUGUUACCAUCCGGGAGAAUGACGAGUCUAGAGGCAUUCUGAACGUUGACGCAACCCUGAAUUCUAAUGGUGAACUCCUUGUCACUGAAGGCACUAACCUGGUACUCACUGUUCGACGAAGCUCCGGCUCUUUUGGUACCAUUGGCUGCUCCUGGAAGCUGACAGCAUUGACGAGCAGCUUGGUGGAUGUUAGCGGGCCGGUGAAUGGUGUGUUGACUUGGAAUGAGCGUGAGGUUGUCAAGACAAUCAGUCUUGUGAUAUUCAACGAUGACAUACCGGAAAUUGUCGAGAGGUUUUCCAUUGAGCUGUUUGCUCCAACGGGAGGUGCUCGUCUCGGUUCCCAGAGCAUGAUUGUUGUGGCCAUUGAUCAGAACGACUUUGCCAACGGUCUGAUCGGAUUUGCUGGUCAAAGCUUGACGGUCAGCGUACCAGAGGCAACCAGUCCAUCUGACACGCAGGCUCAGGUCAUGCUCACCGUCUUGCGCUCGUUCGGAACCUUUGGCUUCGUCAAUGCUUCCUGGUCGCUUUUGGGAGCUGCAUCAGAUCUGUCUCCAGUGAGCGGUUCGGUGUUCUUCCUGCCGAAUGAAACUAGCCAAAACAUUGUCAUAAAUUCGCUGCCGGACAUUAUCCCGGAAGGGGAAGAGCGCUUCACAAUAGCUUUGACAGCAACGAGCGGUGGUGCAUCGCUAAGGCCUGGCUUCCAACAAGCGACAAUCAUCAUCCCUGCCAACGAUGAUGCCUUCGGUAUCUUCUCAAUUUCACCGGUAACUGGUGACAUCUACACUGCAGAGGGUGCGAAUGUGGCUGUAAAUAUUGUGCGUGGUGGAGGAACCUUCCGUGAUGUCAGGGUGUCCUACCGCAUCAGUGCAGCGGACGCGAAAUUUGCCGAUGACACCGCUUCAACCUUCUUCCCUGCAUCUGGAACCGUUACGUUCUUGGCCGGUAGCAAUACCUCGUCUGUUGUCUUGCGGGUUCUCUCUGAUGUGCAUCCCGAGGAGGCAAGGUCCUACACCUUCCAGCUGACCCAGGUUGACAACGGUGGUCGGCUGGGCACAAUCAACACGGCAAGCCGAAUCACAGUGGUGGCCAGCAAUAAUCCGCAUGGCACCGUGCAGAUUGCUUCAUCGCUGCUGCAGCGCGUCGCCGAGGAUGUUGGCAGUGUUUCGUUCACUCUUACACGUACUGGUGGAAGCAUUGGACCUAUCCGUGUCGACUAUACAGUUGGUGGUGGCUUGGCUACCCUUGGGUCUGACUAUACCUCUCCACCCGUUGCCAGUGUCAUCCUCAACAGCACGGUGAUUAGCUCUGUGAUCACUAUUCCCAUUGUGAAUGAUCCCUUGCCGGAGCUUACCGAGGAUUUCUUCCUUGUGCUGACGUCAGUGCAGUUCAUUGGUGGUCCACUCAACACUACCGUUCUACCAGCUGGCUACCCAGUAAAUAUCGCACCAACUCUUGGCUUGGCUGUUCGGGCACAGGUUGAUAUUCUAGAGAAUGACAAUGCACAUGGUGUAAUAGAGUUUGCACUGACCUCCACUGCCAUAGACUUGCACGAAGGGGCUGGUCUCUACACCCUACAGCUGAUGCGAACGGGAGGACUGUUCGGAGCAGUCUCGGUCCAGUACAUGGCGUUGAACCUCUCCGCUCACGGCAAUGGUGUUGACUUUGGUAGCCUAGCAGCGCCAUCAGCUGGUGUUGUUAUCUUUGCUGCCAAUCAGUCCACAGCCUCUUUGGAUUUGGUCAUUAUUGACGACCAGGUCGCUGAAUUGCAGGAACGAUUUCAGAUCAGACUGCAGAAUCCCACAAAUGGUGCAGUCCUUGGCACUCAGACCCUAUCAACGAUCACCAUCAGCAGCAGUGACGAUCCCAGUGGAAUAUUUGGAUUCAGCGCAGCCACUUUGAGUGGCUUUGUGGUGAACAAUCCCAGCGUAGCCAGUGGUGCAUCUAGCAUUCGUCUGACACUAGAACGUUCUGCUGGCUUGAAUGGCAAUGUCACGGUGUUCUAUGACCUGUUUGGUUCUGAUCCAUCUCGUCUACACACGGACAUCUUGCCAAUCCAAGGAUCUGUUACUUUCCUUCAAGGACAACAGUCCAGUGCCUUUGACCUGAAUAUUGUUGCUGAUGAUAUGCCAGAGCUGGAAGAAGUCUUCUAUGUGCGCCUGACUCGUUUGACCGGUGGAGGGCGCUUCAAUGCAUCCAAUGUCAACACGACUAUUACGAUCCGGCCACACAACAACCCGCACGGAGUCAUUUCUUUCACUGGCCAAUCACUCCUUGUGAGAAGCCUGUCCGAGCCGGCUGCUGGCAGUACGUCUAACCUGACAUUCACUGUGACUCGUGCCGACGGUCUCUUUGGAAGUGUAGCUGUGUCAUGGAGUGUCACUGGAACUAAGCUUGCCGACAUCAAAUCCUCUUCAGGAGUGGCUACCUUGGCUGAGGGACAGCGGACAGCCAGCUUUAUUGUGGAAAUUCUUCCCGAUGCCACCCCAGAACUUGAGCAACGGUUCUAUGUCAUGCUCAGUGCACCCACUGGCGGUGCCUUGCUUGGCACUCAGCUCUACUCAAACUUCUCUGUGCUGGCAAACGAUGUCCCGCACGGCUCCUUCCAGCUUAUUCCCGGCGGUCAGAGUGUUGUUGUGAACCGUACACUGGUGAAUGCUGGUGUUUCCGCUGGUCGCUACAUCCAGUUGUCAGUGCUGCGUCAGCUUGGUCUGAUCGGAAAUGUCACCGUUUCGAUUAACAUCACAUUCGCAGAGACUCCAUCACACCUUCCAACAUCUUAUCUUGCCAGCGUCUUUGCACCAUCUGGACAAGGCAUGAUAUCUACAACAAUAGCUAUCAGUCCAUCUUUCUUCUUCCAACCAACAUCAACAUUUGUAGUGGCCAUUGCUGGUGUGAGCAUGGCUCCUGGCUCUCAGGCACCUGGAAAUCCGCCAGUUGUCGGUGCUUAUGCUCGCGAAGUUCUCACCAUCACAGAGCUGGACUCCAACUCGAUCUGCUCCUUCGCCACCAGUUCACUUCAACUUGCCGUUGAUGACUCUGCAGCAAGUGGCAUGAAUAAUGUGAUGGCGGCGGUGACACGUGCAGGCCUUCUGGGAGACGUGUCUGUAUCAUGGCGCAGCGUGGUGACUGGAUCAAACAGCAGCACGCUAUCACCUGCUACUGGCAGUGUGAUGGUCGCCGACACCACCAGAAUGAUGUCCUUCGGUGUUACGGCGACCCCUACUUCAUCUUCCCUGCAAGAUGCCGCGGCCAUGUCACUUCUGCUGGAGAUGGUUACAACGAGCACUGUGGGUAGUGCUCGCCUCGCAGCAGCAUCUCUCCAGGCCAGCAUUGAGCCACACGGAGUCGUUCGCCUUGCACCCAACAGUCAGCAGCUAUCUGUACUGGAGGCCAGUGGUGCCAGUAUCACUCUCACCGUAUGGCGACAGUACGGUGCGGCCGGCAACAUCACGGUGUUCUACGCCACUCGUGCACUGGCCUCGGCCACCGACAAAGCCCUGCCUGGCUCGGACUACACUGCCGUGAAUUCCAGUCUCACAAUGUAUGCUGGUCAGACUAUUGCCACCGUACGAAUCGACAUCACCAACGACGAUAUUCCAGAGGAUACCGAACAGUUCCAGGUCUUCCUUGUAUCUGUGAGGCGUGCAGACGGCAUGCAGACUGUUCCAGCAUCACCCCGCUUGCACAGUACCCUGACAACGUCGGUGGUUACCAUCACCGAUGACGAUGACCCCUCCGGCGUCUUCUCUCUAGCGCCGAGCAGUAGCAAUCUGCAGUUGUCUGAGGGUCAAAGUAUGAGCAUCAUUGUCGAUCGUAUGCGCGGACAGUUCGGCCCCGCAUCCGUCACAAUUUCCACCGUUGUUCUGACAAGCGUUGUAGCUGAUCAGAGGGCCUCAACAUCAGACUUUGUUCCCAUCAGCACUGUUCUGAUGUUUGCUAAUGGCCAGAAGACGGCCAACGUCACCUUGUCAAUCAUCAACGAUAACAUUCCCGAGAUAAAUGAAACGUUUGGCAUUGCGCUCAGCAGUCCGACUGGUGGUGCCCGACUUAGUGCCACGCCUGACACGACAUCGACAACAGUUGUAAUUCCAGGCAAUGACAACCAGUAUGGAGACUUUGGCUUCAAAGAGAAUUACACUGUCACCGUGAAUGAGGACACUUCCCCGUCAGUCAGCCUCACGAUUUUGAGAAAUGCAGGAACCUUCGGCUCUGCGGUGAUUCACUGGAUAACCAGGAGAGAUCCUACGGGAACGGCUGGUGGUUUCCCAGAGCAGCUGGUAGCCCAUCAGGGUGAUGUUGUCUUCCAACAAGGUGACAAGGAAAAGAGCUUCCAGAUUACCCUGAGCAACGACACGAUCCCUGAACCAGCAUCGACGUUCUACAUCUUCUUGCAAACCGUCAUGCCUGACUCUAAGGCCAUUCUCGGCUCUACCCGUUUGGCGAGAAUCAAUUCGCAGUCCAACGAUGCAGCCGAUGGUGUCUAUGAGUUUGACCAAAACUCCAGACUUGUGGUUGCAGAGCCUGGAGCAGGGUCCGUCACACUGUUGGUAACACGUCCUAGUGGCCUGUCAGCCUCGUCAGUCCAGUGCAGGCCAAUACCACUGACCGCAGUGCCAAUGAUUUACGGCGAGGAGGCCACAGCUGCUCGCCCGAAUGUUGACUACAUUUUCAGUGAAGCGCAGACCUUGUCAUUCAGUGUUGGACAGACUUCUGGACUAUGCCAGGUCUCUCUCAUUCCCAAGAUGUCUCAGACUGACAUAGCACCCAGCGUGUUCAACGUAACACUGGUGAAUCCAGGCGGUCUUGCCACUUUGGGUGAAUACCACACGGCAGAAGUGGUAGUGACGUACUCCAACAACAUUCGCGAAAUCUCCGACUUCAGAGACACAAUUGAGAAUACGCCAACUCCACAGGACAUUGAGAAUGUCAUUGCGGGCGUUGCUCAGCUGCCGAAGAAGGUGGAUCGUGGCAUCGGCAUUGAGUUCUUUGUAGCACUAGUCGACCGCCUGAUCGACGUCGCGCAGCUGUGCACAUCGAAAAACAAUGCAGUUAACAUGAUGACUGUGUUUGAUGAGAUGCUGCAAGCACCAUCGUUUGUCGGGUUUGCUAACUACAGCGUCCUCGUCACUAAGUUUGCGUAUGCAACAGUCCGAUGUGACCCUUGCCCAUCAGACCCCAAGACCUAUCCCGGUGUGAAUCUGAACGUAGUUGCGCAGAGUGUGAGAACAUACAGUGGACUGCAGUUCACCGGCUCAACCGAGACGGGGCGCCCAGGUGAUACAUUCAGUUUCCCAACAAUUUCCGGACUGGAGCGGGUUGAUGUCGCUAAUCGUAGCCUUUGCUACUCAGUUCACUUCGUUGAAUACCUCCAGCAGACAAACUCGUGGUUCACUUCGUCAACAAACAAUGCCGCUGUACUCAGCAACAAGGUCCUGUCAGUAAAUGUUCAGUAUCUCACAUCCACCGUGCUGCCCUAUGAUGUCACCUAUCGUAUCCACACCAGCGAAUCGAGAGUUACAAACCGUGGUGGAAGCUGUUUGUUCUGGGACUACAAUGUGAAUGACUGGUCUGACAGCACCUGUGUAAGACAAACACCUAGCAGCGGUGCUGAUCUACAGUACAUUGAGUGCCGGUGCAAGCACCUACCUGACCUAGCCGCCAGAGCAGCCGCCGACAGCCGUGUUGGGUUCGGUGUUGCUGCUCGCAUCUCCUGCUUUGUCGUCAUGGGUGUCAUGUUUAUUAUUAUAGUGCUGCAUCAUAGUGCACACCGCGAGAAGAUGAUGGUUGCUACCAAGCUGUUCCUCCACCUCAUCUUUGCCAUUAUGGCAAUGGAGGUGAUUCUGGUGGCAUCGUUCUACCAGGCAAGCCGCACUGGUGUGGAAGGCUGCUUUGCUCUUGGCUAUCUGAUUCACUUCUUCGGCCUUGCUCAGUUCGUCUGGAUGGCCGUGCUGGGAUACAAUUUCUACCGGACCUUCAUAUUUGAAGAUGACGAGACAGAUCGACUCUACAUACGCUAUAUUGUCACUGGAUGGCUUCUACCGACUGUGAUUGCCUGUGCAUACAUUGGUGUAGCGAUUGGUGGCCUGGGCUGGACGGCUAGCCGCACUUAUGGUGACGUGUACAAUGCUGGUGACCUCUGCUUCCUGACUGACAUCUACGGUGCACUAUUCAGCGGUGUAGCUCCAGUCGUGCUGUGCUUGGCCGCUGUCUGCUACUUCUUCAUCGUCAUGUACUCCAACAGUACACGCAAGUCCAAAUGGGCCAGCUUUGAUGACUUCUAUCUGGAAUGUGACAACAGUUCUGAAAUUCCACGGCUGUUGUUGCUCUUCCUCGGUGUCUUCCUGACCUGGGUGUUUGCAAGUCUUCACAUUGCUUUUGGAAAGGACUGGACCUACGCACUGUUUGUGGUCUUCAACUUUUUACUGGCCGCAUAUGCCCUGGUCAUGUACUCUCUUGUACGCUGGCAGGCGCUACGAACAAAAGGGAGCUUCUCGCCAGAAGAUCAGUCGUAUCCACUGGGUCAGGUUCCCACCAGCCUCUCAACAUCCAAGCAUAGCCUUACCAGUCUUGGCAGCAAGAAGCAGCUUGUUCUGCACCGUCAAAUCUCAGCUCUGGAUGAUCCAGGCCAUGGCCGGCCAUUCCGUGCUUCAGUUGCAUCACAGCAAAGCUACGGCACUGGUCAGCUACCCAUGGAGGCUGAUGGCUAUCCAAUGGCAGCAGAUCAUGGAGCAUUGCCUGAAGACGACGGCAAUGAGUUUGAUGACCUGAUGUACAUGCUGAAGACUGGCGGUAGCCUUGCACAGGAUGAGGACGACAACGGCGCUUUCCAAGAAGCCGAGGCACAGAUGGGUCCGGGAUUCCAGAAUGGGGGUGCUGCGUCAGCUGAACACUAUCAAAUGAGACGGAUCUCCAUAGCUGACACGCAUCUUUGAUGAGCCAUUUUCUUAGGAAGCAUCACGUGUAUAGUGCUCGUUGCAUUUCAGCGAAGCACUGCACCACAUAUCUUAUGUAUCAUAUUAGAAACUGUUUUGAUAUGACCGUUGACACAUGUUAUUAUGCUACCUUAGCUGAUAUGAAUUUUCACAUGUUAUAGUGUAGUUUGUUGCUGUUGAUGUCUCCAUAGCUAUUCAUUGUUGCAGUAGAACUGGUGGGGUCAACGCAAGAGGCAUGCAGUAGUACGACGUAUGCAUAUGGUAGUCUGGUUUAUUUUUGCCGACAGCUGCGAUAGAAAUGUGGGAUUGCUCAGACGCUAUCCCGUGAGUGUAAAUAGUGCACAACACGACGACGGGGCGACACGUAUCUACUGAUUUGCACGCUUGUGUACUUCUUCUGUCGCCCAAGCAUGUAUCACAUUAUUUUCUUUACUUUCGCCUUUUGUGAGAGCAUAUUUCUCCGUGCAUAACCUAACCUGUACUGCUCAGUUCAACGCCGUGCAUUUCCUUGAUUCUUGUGCAAUGCGAAGAUCUUGCUUGUACAUGUAUAUUGUACAAUGUAAUUCACUCAGUCAUGCAGAACGUGGCAUUCUUCUCGAUCAGUUGCCUGGUCCUGACAAAUGGCCUCUUUGUACACAUUGCAAACUCAGAUGAUCGUUGCUUUUGACAAUUCAAGUUGACUGGCACAGUACUGUGCUUCAUA